AUGCAAAGAGCAUUCAAAUUAUCACAAUCAGUUUCUAGAACUGCAUUUAAAACAUGUGUUGCCUCAGCACCAAAAGUUAAUGCAUCAUCUUUUGCAACCUUUACAACUGCAUCAGCAACAGCAGCAUCAACCACAAGCGGUUCAUUUGGAGAUGGUUUAGUUAACAACCCAUCCAAAAAUACUUCAGUUCAAAAAGGAAAUAUAAAUAACUUUAGAACAACAGGAUUACCUUUAUUAGUUGCUGAUGGAGAUGAUGAUGAUGAUGAAAAAAGGGAAAAUAUGACCAUUAAAAAAGGCAAAUCACAUUUUAGAAUUUUAUCAUUAGAUGGUGGUGGUGUUAGAUCAAUUAUUGAAUGUGUUUUAUUAAAAAGAAUUAUUGAAGUUUAUCCAACAUUUUUGGACAAUAUCGAUUUAAUUACAGGUGCAAGUGCAGGUGGUAUUUUAUCACUUUGUUUAGCAACUGGUAAAAAUGUUGACGAAGCAGACGCAUUUUUUAAAACCAUUGUACCAGAAAUAUUUAAAAAAUCGUGGAUUCAUGAAAUUUCUUCACUAGAUAGCGCAAUUGCACCAGCUUAUACAAAUAAUAAACUCAAAGAGGUUUUAAUUGGACAAUUUGGGGAUAUCAAACUUUCAGAUUUACCAAAAAAAGUAUUAAUCCCAAGUUUUCAAUUAGACAAUCAUAGUACAUUAGCACCAAAUACACCAACAACCAAAAAUGAUAAUGUUAAAGCAAGUGAUAAUAAAAAUAAUGGCGAAUGUAACAGUGAGGAAGGUGAGUGCGAAAAAAAAGAAGUAGAAAAAGAAGUUUUACAAGAAAGUGAACCAGUCUCAGCAAAGUUUGAACCAGAAGAUAUGUUUUGUGAUGAUGAUGAAGAUUUCGAAGUUAUUCCUCGUCACCACGGUGGAUAUGGUCCAGAUCAUGAGUCACACAGAAGAUGGGCUCCACGUUUCUUCCACAAUUUAAAAAAUAGUAGAACUGCAGAUCAUUUAGUAGUAGAUGUUUGUUUAAGAACCAGCGCCGCUCCAACCUAUUUCCCAAUUUACCAAGGUUUUGUUGAUGGUGGUGUAUAUGCAAACAACCCAUCAUUAUGUGGUGUUACCUCUGCAAUCAAUAGUGGUAUAAAGUUAGAUUCUAUUGCUGUACUUUCGUUAUCCACCGGUAGAGAUGGUAAAUUUGUAUCGCCAGAGCAAUAUGGUAGCGGUGAAUGGGGCCUUGCUCAGUGGGCUCCAACUCUUAUUGAUAUGUUAUUAGACAGUAAUGUAGAAAUAUCAGAUUUCCAAUGUGCUCAACUUUUAGGACAAAAAUAUCAUCGUGUAGAUCCUCUUUUAACUCAAAAUAUCAACUUGGAUCAACCAAAAUUCAUACCUCUCUUGGAAGAGAUUGCAAGCAAAGUAGAUUUAACAGAUACAAUUGAAUGGAUUCAAAAUUAUUGGUUCAAUAAAAGCGAUAAUAUUAAACCAAUUUUCACUCCAACUUGCACACCUUCUUACUCCUCACCAACAUUACAACCAAGAUAUUUUGGUUUCAAGGGUGAUAGUAGUAGCGAUGAAGAGGAUGUUUCAAAACAAAUGAACGAAAAAUUAAAUAUAGAAAAAACUACAACAACUGUAACCAAUGGAAAUACAACUACAACAACUACGGAAGUUAAUGCUAGUCUCUCUGAUUAA